AUGAGAAGAAAUAAAAAGAAGAGCACCAGGGCUAGGGCGUCCCCAGCAGGCGACGCGCAGGGGCAGCACCCGGUCACUGUGGAAAGUGGACGAGGGUUGUCGCCCCACGGGCGGGUGCGACGUAAGACGCAAGCCCAAAAUGAGGUGAUUUUAACACAUGUGGGAGCUACAAAUGAGGGCUAUGAAAGGGUGCAUGGAGGAUGGGGGUAUGGCAGUCGUAAUGAUGAUGGAGACCAGCUGCUCCAAGCUGCGACCACCUUUAACCUGGCAGUGGAGAAUACGUGGUUCCAGAAACGGCCUGAACACCUUAUCACCUAUAAGAGUGGUAACCACGCGACACAGAUCGACUAUUUUCUGAUUAAGAGAAGUAAGUUGGUAUGUGUCAAAAACUGCAAAGUACUGCCGGGUGAAGCAUUGGUGACGCAGCAUAGACUAUUACUAAUGGACAUUACGAUCAGUUACAAGUACCUAAGGAGGAGAAACCGUCUCUCACCAAAAAUUAGAUGGCGUAUGCUAGAGUCAGAUGAGUAUGCUGGUCGAUUUAGGGAAAUAAUGAUAGAAAACAUAUUUGAAAUGAAGGAUAUGAAAGAGAAAUCUGCGAAUGAUUGUUGGGAUGAAAUGGCAAAUAGUCUCAGGAAGACAGCUAAGGCUGUGCUCGGCGAAUCAAAAGGGAAAGGUAUAAUUGACAAGGAUACAUGGUGGUGGAAUGAGAAUGUACAGAGAGAGUUGAAAGAAAAGAAGAAUACAUUCAAAAAGUGGCAACUAGAAAGAGGAAAUGAAAGUGAGAAGCAAGCUAGGAAGAAUGAGUAUAGAGAAUGUAAGAAAAAGGCCACUAAAGCGGUUGCUAUAGCCAGGUCUGACGCUCAGCUAGAGAAGAAAGAGCGAAAGAUAUUAAGCAUGUCAGAUGUAUGA